UAGUGAAAGUUUCACUUGCUUACGCUACACAAGUCUAAUCAGUUUAUCAUUUUAGAAAGAUGCUUUUUUUAUUUAAAUCGAUUUCGCGAUACGUCGUGUCCGGAAUUUUAAAUCAUCAGUAUCAUUCACGAUGCUUCUCUCUAUUGCAUCUUAAUUUUAAAGAACGACGUCAGUUUCGAAGAUUGAAUAUCCAAGCAAGGGUCAAUCUUUCUCAUGCAAUCAAAGUCGCUCAUAUGUACAAUCCCGGUGAAUCUCCUAUACUACAUAAAACAAUCGGACAAUUAUUAAGUGAGGCAGCUGCAACAUGGCCCGAACGGACUUGCGUCAUUUCGAUUCCUCAAAAUGUCCGUUUAACAUUUAUUCAGAUUCUUCAGCGAGCCGACUCGUUGGCUGCGGGUUUCAAGAAGUUGGGUUUGAAAAAAGGUGAUCGGUUGGGCAUUUGGGCUCCAAACGACCUGGAAUGGAUCAUAACUUUUCUGGCUGCGUCGAGGAUGGGAUUAAUCGUCGUCGCAAUUAACCCUGCUUAUCAGUACAACGAAUUAGUGUAUUGUUUGCAAAAAGUUGGUGUAAAGGCGAUUGUCUCACCCGAGAAAUUCAAAACGCAGAAUUAUCCGAAGAUGUUGCUCGCCGCCAAGGAAGUGUGUCCUACUUUGGAACAUAUUAUUAUUUAUUCGCCCGAUCAUGUGACCGGUACGCAUCGUUUUGCCGACGUCGAAGUUUCAGCAACUAAAGCGGAAGUAGAUGCGAUCAACGCCGAACAGGAUAAGAUAUCAUGCCAUGACGAAUGCACUAUACAGUUUACGUCCGGUUCCACCGGAAGGUCCAAAGCUACGAUCCUCUCACACUUGGGUCUCGUAAACAACAGCAAAGAGUCUGCGCAACGGGCGAACAUAACUAUCGAGAACAAAAUAUGUUUAAACAUGCCGCUUUACCAUGCGUUCGGCAUGGUGAUGGGCCAACUGCUUGUCUUUCAUACGGGAAACACCCUCGUCAUAGAAGAACACUCCUUUGAUCCAGUAAAAACCUUGAAGGCAAUAGCGCAAGAAAAGUGUGCCAUAACAUAUGGAACGCCAACUAUGUGGGUAAACUUAAUCGCGGCACAGCAACGAUUACAGCUACCAAUAGACAGUCUUCAGGCAGGAAUUACCGGUGGUGCACCUGCGUCUUCUGAACUCUUCAAACGAAUACGAGACGUGCUAGGCUUUAAUGAUAUAAUGAGCAUAUAUGGCCUUACAGAAACAACAGCUAUAGUAUUUCAAUCGAUUCGUGGAGAAGAUAGACAUCUUACCGAGACCACUGUUGGUCAUUUGGCGAAUCAUACUGAAAUAAUGAUCGUCGACGAAAACGGUGUGACCGUCCCUUUUGGAAAAUCUGGCGAACUUUGGAUUCGCGGUUACUGCACAAUGUUAGGUUACUGGGACGAUGAAGAAAAUACGAAAAAGACUUUGACGAAGGAUGGUUGGUUGAAGACAGGCGACCAAUUUGUCUUACAGGAAGAUGGAUACGCUCGUGUAGUCGGAAGACUCAAAGAUAUGAUUAUUCGGGGAGGAGAAAAUAUUUUCCCUAAGGAAAUCGAAGACUUUCUGACGACCCAUCCCAAAGUAAUGCAGGCACAAGUUAUAGGAGCAUAUGACAAGUUGUAUGGAGAAGAGAUUUGUGCGUGUAUUCAACUUCGCGACGGUGCGACGAUGACAAAGGAAGAAUUAAUAGAUUAUUGUAAAGGCAAAAUAGCGCACUUUAAAAUACCGCGUUAUGUACAGUUCGUAAAUGAAUAUCCAAAGACUAAUACUGGAAAAAUUCAGAAAUUUCGUCUAAGGGAACAAAUGGAAGACAGUAAUGUAAUACCAAAAACUCCAAAACUUUCAUAACAAACGUAUAUAAUAACAAGACUUUAAAAAAAUAUUAGUAAA